AUGAAUUCAAUUUUAACAAAAUAUACGGAAAAAGCUUCUAAUGACGGAGAGGAAUGUGUAGAGGAUGAAAGAUUUCAAAACAAUUUCAACAUCGUUCCAGUUCCUGAAGCUUCUCUGUUCUUGCGAAGUCUGACAGAUGAAACUCAGAAUCGAAGCUGCUUAAUCAAAAUGAACCACGGUACAACUACUCUUGCGUUUCGUUAUCAACAUGGUAUUGUGGUAUGUGUCGAUUCCCGUGCCUCAGCAGGUCCUUUGGUCGCUUCACAAACUGUAAAGAAAGUCAUUGAAAUCAACCCAUAUCUUUUAGGUACAUUGGCUGGUGGUGCUGCUGAUUGUCAGUUUUGGCAAACCGUUUUGGGUAUGGAGUGCCGUCUGCACCAACUUCGUAAUAAGGAAUUGAUUUCCGUCUCCGCGGCUAGCAAAAUUUUAGCAAACAUCAUGUAUUCGUACAAGGGUUACGGUCUCAGUAUGGGUACAAUGCUUGCAGGAACCGGAAAGGGCGGUACAGCUUUAUACUAUAUUGACAGUGACGGUACUCGUCUUAAGGGAGACGUGCUAUCUGUCGGUUCUGGUUCCACCUUUGCUUAUGGUGUUCUUGACUCUGGCUACAACUGGAAUUUAUCAAAAGAAGAUGCUUUGAACCUUGGCCGUCGAUCCAUUGUUGCAGCCACUCAUAGAGACGCCUAUUCUGGUGGUAGUUUAAAUCUAUACCAUAUUGACGAAAACGGUUGGCAAUUCCAUGGCAACUUUGAUGUUGAUAAACUCAUAUGGGAAGCAAAGGAUACAGAAGGCUCUUUUGCUCAUAUUCCUCGAUAA